AUACGCACGACUCUCCAGAUCCGUGCCUGCGUCCUCCUGGCUCUUGCCACCAGCGCUCUCGCUGGCUACACUGGCUACGGCUUUGGCCACGGCUACGGUCUCGGCUACGGCUACGGUGGUCUUGGAUACGGCUAUGGUCUCGGCUACGCCGGCUACGCUCCAGCUGUGCACACUGUCGCUCACGCUGCCCCAGCCGUCGCCACUGUGGCCCACGCUCCAGUCGCCACCUACGCUGCUGCUCCAGCCGUCACCAGGGUUGCUACUGCCUACCACGCCCCAGCCGUUGCCACCUACGCCGCUGCUCCAGCCGUGACCAGGGUUGCCGCCACCUACGCGGCUGCCCCAGUUGUCGCUGCUGCUCCAGCCGUCACCAGGGUUGCUGCCACCUACCACGCCCCAGCCGUUGCCACCUAUGCUGCUGCUCCGGUGGCCGCCUACCACGCCGCCCCAGCUGUUGCCACUUAUGCCGCUGCUCCAGCUGUCGCCACCUACGCCGCUGCUCCAGCCGUGACCAAGGUUGCCACCACCUACCACGCCCCAGCUGUUGCCGCCGUGGCUCACGCUCCAGUCGCCACCUACGCUGCUGCUCCAGCUGUCGCCACCUACGCUGCUGCUCCAGCCGUCGCCACCUACGCUGCUGCCCCAGCUGUUGCCACCACCACCGUCCACCACGCCCCAGCUGUGGCCACUGUUGCCCACGCUGCCCCAGCUGUCGCUGCCUACCACGCCGCUCCAGUCUACAACUACGGUGUCGGAACCCUUGGUUACGGCGUUGGCCACUACGGCUACGGCCACGGUCUCCUCGGCUACGGCCUGAACUACGGCUAUGGUCUUGGCUCUCCCUACCACUACGGUGCCCUUCUCCGCAAGAAGAAGUGUGGCUUUAAAGAUCACCUGAGGGAGAAAGCACAAUUCUACUCACUGAACUGUUGCCCAAGAAAGGGGGAUGUGAAAGAAGGAUUUUCGUAUAAAAGGGCGAACGAACAGCACUCAUUCAGCAGUUGGCUCAACAGCAGCUCUAAAGUCACCAUGAUCCGUGCCUGCGUCCUCCUGGCUCUUGCCACCAGCGCUCUCGCUGGCUACACCGGCUACGGCUUUGGCCACGGCUACGGUCUCGGCUACGGCUACGGUGGUCUUGGAUACGGCUAUGGUCUCGGCUACGCCGGCUACGCUCCAGCUGUGCACACUGUCGCUCACGCUGCCCCAGCCGUCGCCACUGUGGCCCACGCUCCAGUCGCCACCUACGCUGCUGCUCCAGCCGUCACCAGGGUUGCUACUGCCUACCACGCUCCAGCCGUUGCCACCUACGCUGCUGCUCCAGUUGUCGCCGCUGCUCCAGCCGUGACCAGGGUUGCCGCCACCUACGCGGCUGCCCCAGUUGUCGCUGCUGCUCCAGCCGUCACCAGGGUUGCUGCCACCUACCACGCCCCAGCCGUUGCCACCUAUGCUGCUGCUCCGGUUGCCGCCUACCACGCCGCCCCAGCUGUUGCCACUUAUGCCGCUGCUCCAGCUGUCGCCACCUACGCCGCUGCUCCAGCCGUGACCAAGGUUGCCACCACCUACCACGCCCCAGCUGUUGCCGCCGUGGCUCACGCUCCAGUCGCCACCUACGCUGCUGCUCCAGCCGUCGCCACCUACGCGGCUGCACCAGCUGUUGCCACCACCACUGUCCACCACGCCCCAGCUGUGGCCACUGUUGCCCACGCUGCUCCAGUCUACAACUACGGUGUCGGAACCCUUGGUUACGGCGUUGGCCACUACGGCUACGGCCACGGUCUCCUCGGCUACGGCCUGAACUACGGCUAUGGUCUUGGCUCUCCCUACCACUACGGUGCCCUUCUCCGCAAGAAGAAGUAAACAAUCCAACUGUAACUUAUUUGAAGAAGAAGAAAAGUUAUAGGCAUCGACCUCAACCCUCCAUAAUCAUCCAUAAUGGACGCAAUGGAGAAAUAAAUUUGUUCGCCACAACAAACACAAUCUCGA